AUGAGCCCAAGGAACGACUCCGGUUUCAAGGUCGAGCCUUUCGACGGCUCGAACCAUGGGUUGUGGAGUUACACGAUGAAGAUGUACCUGAUGUCGAAGGGGCUGUGGGGCGCGAUCGCAAGCGAUGAGACAACAAGUGAGGCCAAGGAACAGCAAGCCCACGCCGCGAUCGUGCUCAAUCUGAGCGACUCGCAGAUGAUGCAUGUCAUCGACUCGGCCACUGCAAGAGAAGCGUGGGGACAUUUGGCGCGAUUUCAUCACAGUCAUGACAUGGCGAAUCGACUUUGGCUAAAGGAAAAGUUCGCCUCGUUCAAGUAUGCAGCUUCAAGCAUGAGCGGUCAUGUCAUGGAGAUGGAGGACCUCGUGAUGAAGAUGAAGCGCGCGAACUGCGGUCCGAGUGAAGAGGACGUGUGCGCAGUACUGUUGCGGAGUCUACCUUCAAGCUUCGAGAGCUUGGUACAGGCAUUCCGCAUGUCCGUCGCAAGCUUCAGUUUCAGUGACCUCGUGAGCAAGUUGAUCGCCGAAGAAGUGCGCCAGAAUGAGGCUGCACGGGUAGAAGAUGCGACGGCGCUCUACGCAGGCAAGAGGAAGGGUAAGCAGUACCCGAAGAAGCAACAAGGACGGCGCGCGAAGGGACCAUCAGGGACCUGCUACAACUGUGGCAAGGUCGGACACUACGCCAGAGAUUGUCGCUCUGGUCGAGGGCCAAGGGAGUAG